AUGCAACUAGCGUUUCUGGACUUUGAAGCCGCGUUCGACUCUCCCCACCGAGACCGUCUUCUCAACGCGCUCCGCGCCAAUGGAGUAUCAGGGAAGUUCGUUCGAUUGCUUGACGAGAUGAAUCAACGAACAACUGCUGACGUUCGAACACCAGCCGGAUGUACAACACCGUUUGAGGUGGUAACUGGAGUAAGACAAGGGGCAGUGGAAGGACCCUUCCUGUUCAAUUACGCCAUCGACGACAUUAUGCGAACAACAGUUGAUCAGUGUCCUGCCGACAUUGUCUUAACACCAUCAGGACACCUCUUGACUUAUCUCGAGUGCGCUGACGAUGCUGUUAUAUUCAAGAAAAGCAGUACCAAACUUCAACACACAACAUAUACGUCCUGA